AGUGUGUCAAAGAGUCGGCUGGCAAACGGUUCACACUUUGACAAACUGUCAUUUUCAGUUACCUAAUUAAAACCGUUGUUCCAUUGUUUGUGUAUAAGUUGAUUGCGCUUAGUAUUAUUUUAAUCAGCUGUUUUCAACGGUUUGAGAUUGAUUUUCAAAUGGAUGACAUUAAAACAGCGAAUGUGAUAAGUUUUUACGAAUAAUAUUUACUAUUAGCCGCGUUGAAUGUGUAACACGCUUCACUUAUCGCUUGAACCGCGUGUCAAUUUAUUCGUCACAUCGCGUGUGACUUUCUUUGCGUUAAAUUGAAGCGAGUUUCGAAGAGCAAAAUCGAUAAAGUAAAAAAAAAAAUACUUCAACAAUGUUUAUUCCAACCAAAGGCUUCGAAUCGCCAAUUGAAAUUGGCGGCACAAAGGAAUUGAUCGAGCUAUAAUAAAAAGUUCGGUUGUAGGAAUUGAGCAAAGUUGUUGUUUUUUUCCACAUGUGAUUUUUUGAGUGAAUUUAAGUUUUUGAACAUCACGCUUAUUUUGAGUUAAUUUUCUUUUCAAUGUAUUUAUUCGAAAACACUGUCCGUGGCCAAUGACAAGUCAAUAGUUUUUUUUUUCUUUUUCCACCGAGAUGUUGAAUCAAUAUUGUAUUGUUUAUUUCAAGACCGUUGUAACUCGGCUUUUUUGUUUGAUGUAGAUCAGUAUCUACAGAUUAGUCAAUAGAUUCGUUUUGUGUUGCACGUAAGCGAUAAUGUGCUUUGUAGUAUUACAAAACGUAUAUGGUCGUGUUUUUUUAUGUGAAUUUGAAAAUUAUUGAUAACAAAAGGGAAAAUAAAUUGAUUAUGAAUGAGGCAAAUAUUAAUCAAUACUUGAAAUUUGUGAUUAGUCAGUGUGGGAAACGCUUGUAAGACAUGUCAUAGUUUUUUUUAACGUCAGAAACGUGUUCAGCUCGUGUAAAAAGUAGGAAUUAAAAGAUGAACAACCGAUUUUCGAAUAUUAUUUUUCCAAUUUUACUGCUAUUUGCGGUCAAUGAGUUUCGAAAGGCAAUCCUUAACUUUUGGGAUGCAGCUCCGACGGUUACGAUAAAUCUUGGGAAAAUACGCGGAAAAUACGCACGACUCGAUUCAGGCGAGUCUUUGUAUAGUUUUCGUGGCAUUCGAUAUGCACAAGCACCGAUAAAUGAACUUCGCUUCGCGCCGCCAGUACCAGUAAAACCGUGGAAUGGAACAUUUGACGCCAUUCGCGAUUCACCAAAAUGUCCACAGCCGGUGAUAAGCGCAGCUGAAAUAUCCGAGGAUUGUUUGCGAUUGAAUGUGUAUACGAAAAAUAUUUCGAGUGUUGCGAAUAAGCCUGUGAUUGUUUUCAUUCAUUCGGGUGGAUUUUACGAAUCAUCUGGAAGAAGCGACGAAUUUGGGCCAGAAUAUCUAAUUCAACGUGAUAUAGUUUUAGUUACAAUUAACUAUCGUCUGGCAGCUCUUGGAUUUUUGAGCACAGGAACCAAGGAAGCUCCAGGAAAUAAUGGAUUGAAAGAUCAAGUUGUUGCGUUACGAUGGGUGAAGGAGCAAAUAAAAUCAUUCGGAGGUGAUCCCAAUUCGAUAACAAUUAUGGGAUAUAGUGUCGGUGGGAUUAGCGUUACUCUACAUAUGGUUUCGCCAAUGUCGAAAGGUCUAUUCCAUAAAGCAAUCGUAAUGAGUGGAGCCGCUACCGCUCAAUGGGAUGUUGCAACAAGUCAAUUGGACAUGGUGAAAAAACAAGCUCGAUUGCUUCAUUGCCCCGAUCAUAACAUCAGAGUUAUGUUGAAGUGUUUGAGACAGACAAAUAUAGCCGACAUCGGUAAUAGUUUGAACGGUAUGUUUGAGUAUGGUCCAGGCAAUCCGAUUUUAAUGUGGAUGCCCGUUGUCGAGCCUGACUUUGGUCAAGAGCGAUUUCUAACCGAAGAUCCAGUAAAACGAUUCAAAAGAGGAGACUUUACUCGCGUUCCAGUUCUAGCUGGCAUCACUAAAUAUGAAUUCUUGCAUCCGGCAAUCACUGUCAUUCGGAAUGAAACCCUCCGAAAUGAAAUGGAUACGAAUUUUUCGAAAUGGGCACCACGUUGCUUCUUGUACGAACGAGACACUCCAAAGUCGAAACAAAUUUCGGAGCAUUUGAGGCAACAUUUCGUGAAAGAACAAAUUGAAGAUAAUCGAUCGUUGCUGAAUCUGAAUAAUCUAUUCGCCGAUGGUGUCAUUGGUUUUGGAGUGCAUCGCUUCGUUAAAUUGGCGAGCGCAUUUACAACAGUUUAUUAUUAUCAAUUUAACUAUGCGGCACGCUAUAGCUACACCUACUACCCCGAUGAUAAGCCCUUUGGAGCCGUUCAUCAUGACGAUUUGUUGUACUUAUUUGUGAACUUGAAGAAAGCGCCUCUUUUCACUGAAAAUGAUUCUGAAUAUAUAAUGGUGCAACGUUUGACACGUUUUCUCACGAAAUUUGCUAUGGACGGGAACCCCAAUUCAAACACAGAUCGAUAUUUGCAGAAUAUCAUUUGGAGUCCGAUGCACGUGGAACAAUUCAAUUAUUUAGACAUUACGGAUUAUCCAACAAUGAAGGAUCAUUUGAAUAUUUACCGCUAUGCCAUAUGGGAUCGACUAUUUCCCAUCGAAGAAACAAAUGAUGCAGAAGAACUGACCACUGAAGAAGACGAAAUUUAUUAAUUCUCAAUUAAUCGAAAUAAGAAGUUUUUUUUAGUCUCUGUUACCCAUUUCACAAAUUAGUAUUACAGUUGUGCUGAGAGUGAAUUUUUUUAUUGGGAUACAAUCAUAUAAAGAUUAAGUUGAAAGCCGGAUAUAUUACAUAUUGAUUCGAAAAGAAACUACAAAUAAAAAACACAAUUCAACUAUUUUUAAUAAGCAAA